CCCCAAAAGCUGUGAUCACAUGACUAGACAUUGUUAUGAAAUGAAAUGAUGGCAAACAUUUGUGGCAAACGAUUCGCCCGACUAUUCACUCAAUUAGAGGCCAAAGCGUGGCCUCAAAGGCCACACACUGUCGGCAAACAAGUGUCGCGAAAGAGUCACGGAUACGCUGGUUAUCGUGAGUGGAAUUGGGAGCCAAACCGACCGUUCAUUCAACGCAUCGCUCACUUCAAUGCGGCCCUCAUGUGGUGUUAUAUCUAUUGGUCUUUCAGACACAACUGGCGAGAACUCGUGGGCGAAUAUGUUUGGCCGCAAAGGAGUGAGUGGUCUAACGAGCACUUAGGCAUACCUCCCGAUGACGUCGACUGAACCCUCAAACCACUCAAUAUUGCUUUCAAUUUAGGUCUUAAUCUCUUAGCGAUUAGUGUUUUGCUUCAAAUUUAGUAAAUGUAUAGAAAUUGUAAUUAAAUAUCGAUUUAUUUGAAUAAAAUUGGAUUUAAAUUAAAAUGCAAUUCAAA